AUUUUAACAAUUACAUCCAUCAAUUAAAGAAGAGCUCGCGGCCAUGGAAGCUCCACGAUUAUGUCACGUAGUUCUCUCUUUUUCUGCCAUGAAUAAACAAACCUAGCUCUGAAACCGCCAUCUCCAUCUCCUCCAAAAUUGACCCACUUUCUGGCAGAGAUCACAAAAAAGUAGCUAAAAACAGCAAAUAAUGGAUCAUUACAAAGUAUUAGGGUUAACACGAAGCGCUAGCAAGGAAGAAAUUAAGCAAGCGUUUCGGAAAUUGGCAAUGGAAUUUCAUCCCGACAAACACGCACAUUCUUCGCAUCAGUUAAAGGAAAACGCUACGCUUAAAUUCAAGCAAGUUUCCGAAGCUUACGAGACUCUGAUCGACGAUCGCAAGCGCGCUGAUUACAAUAUCCGGUCCAAUAGUUACCGGAAUUCUGCGAAUAAUUAUGGUGGUAAUAGUGACAAUUAUAACCGUAAAUAUAAGAACGAGUAUAGGAAUAGUUAUGGUUAUGGGUAUGGGUAUAGUCGGCCUGCUGACGCCGGCGGUUCUGCAAGUAUUGUUACCAAAUUCGAGAUGGUUCUGCGGUUCAUGACGACGCGGGCAUUUCUCCUCAAUGCUGCACUUGCCGGUGUAUUGUUAGGUGCAACAUAUGUAGUUGAUGCAGGUGGGGAGGCACUAUGGAAGAUGCAAAAUUCUGGAAAAUCGUUUGAAGAAGCAAUGGAAUCUGUAGAAAAAGCUAAAGCAUUUGAUGACAAAAGAUGAAAGGGGUUCUGCUGUAUAGUUGUUUGUUUUUGUCGACGGGUUCGAAUUUGCUCAUGGAGAACCCCUGCUUCAUACCUUGUUAAAUAAGCUAUUGCAAUUUGCAAAUAGCUGAGCUGAGAUCUUCAAUUGCUGUCAAAAUUACUCAAUUUUUUUUUUAUAGAUACAGAGAGGGAGAGAGUAAUUUGUAAAGUGGUUGAGCAGCGUGCAUCCUUGUAUAUAAGAAGGAAAAUAUAUUUGGUGGCAUUGCUGUUCUUGUAUUAUGUAAUAUUAUAAUUAUAACCAAAUGAAAAUGUGUGUAGAUAUAGGCAGUCAGAUAA